GCGCUCCACCCCCACCCCCUCGCAGUCCGGGGCUGUAUCGGCCUCUUCCUCCUGCGUCCCGGGCAGGACCCUGAGCUGUGGCCAGGGCUGGAGCCGGGAGUCGCCACCUCGCCACCUCGCCGUCGCCGCUCCAGCUGCCUGCCCCUCUGUCUUGGGCUCCGCGCGCAGUGCAGAGGCGGCGGGCUGGGAAGGGAGCGUCGCCAGUGUGAGGUUCCCAGCCGAUGGGCAGCCCCCGGGCGCACUGAGGGGCUGGGCUACUAGCGGCUGAGAAAAUGAUGCAUCCUGUUGCCAGCACUAAUCCAGCUUUCUGUGGGCCUGGCAAGCCUUCCUGCCUUAAUGAAGAUGCCAUGAGAGCUGCUGAUCAGUUUGACAUAUAUUCCUCCCAGCAAAGCAAAUACAGCCACACAGUCAGCCACAAACCAAUGGCUUGUCAGAGGCAAGACCCAUUAAAUGAAACGCACUUGCAGACUACAAGUGGCAGAAGCAUAGAGAUAAAAGAUGAACUAAAGAAAAAGAAAAAUCUCAAUCGAUCUGGUAAGCGCGGCCGGCCUUCUGGAACCACCAAAUCAGCAGGAUACCGGACCAGCACAGGCAGACCCCUGGGAACCACCAAAGCGGCUGGAUUUAAGACAAGUCCAGGCAGACCUUUGGGCACAACCAAAGCUGCGGGAUACAAAGUCAGCCCAGGGAGACCUCCAGGAAAAAAGCAGCAAGCCUUCAGGUGUUCCAGUGAUGCCUGACACAAUGAGCUGGAGUUUAUGCUGCUCUUUACAGUAAGAGGUGUUGCAUUGUAUGUGGGGACUGUGUGUGCACUGGCAUCUAAGACAGUGACCUCAACAAUUUUAGCUUUGCACAAACCAUAGCGAACAAUGUUGGAUGAUUACAUAAUCAGUUGCAACAUUCUGGCAGCUAAAUUGCUAUAAGAGUUUCUUCCUGCAGAAGCCUAAAAUAUAAAAUUUUAAUAAUUUACUCAGAACAGUAUAACUUUUGACACACACAAAUGCAUACAUCUUUAUUCAUAUAUUUAUCCACUUUUAUUAUGUAUCUGUCAUUUAGCUAUUUCUCAGAUUGAUGUUCAGCAGUUGGAUGCUUACAAAUCCUGUUUUGAGUUCCUGAAAACAGUUGUUUAAUUAAAUAUUCUACUGUAGAAUAAUAUAUACCACUGUCAAGGAUUUGAUUGCAUGAUGUGUUUUUAUAUGUCCAUUUGACAUUGCCCUUUCAGUUUAUUUUGAUUCCUGAUUUUGUUAUACAUAACCUUCCCUUUCUCUUUGCCCUUUCCAACAUUCAUUCCCUCCUAUUUUCCCCAUCCUCCAGCACAUCUACUCAGUGGUGCUGUGCUGUGUGUCAGAAGGUAAAGCAGGUGUAUUAUUGUAUACUGAAUUUUUUUAUACAUUUUAAUGAAAUGGUGAAAUCAACUAAAGGAAGUAUGUGCAUAACAGUGUUUAUUAGUAUCAGGAGCUAUGUCCCAGGUAAAAAAGGGGGGCAAAUGGCUACAGUUGUGAAUGGAUAACAUCAUUUAGAAAGCUGAAUUUUCUGUUCAUGUGAGCAGUUACUUGGAGUAUUAGAUCUGUGUGCUGGUGAGCAUCUAUUGAUUAUACUUCCUUUUCUCCUUGUGAACAGUUUAUUGAUGCCAUGCUGAAGAGAAAGACACAUCUAAGUGAUAACAUGAAGUCUUAAACUAGAAAAUAUUUUUACUUAUCUAUACUCUAAAAACUACAUUGUGCAUCUUUUGUAACACUGUCUCUUGUCAUGAUAAACACUGAAAUAGCAUGUUAAAAUGCCUAUACUUUAAUCAGUUGGGGAAAACUGGCCUUUUCGUCCCACUGUUAUGAUUGUUCCUUUGUUCCUUUAAAGGUAAAUUGCUAAUUUUAUAAUGUGUAAUUCUCUUCACAAAAUAGGUUUCACUAUUCUAUAUUAAAACUGUUGGUCAGAAAAUGAUCUGCUGUUCAAAUAAUUACAGAGAAAAUAAUUACCAAUUAACUGAUAUAAGCACGCUGUCCUCUGCUGUAAAAAGUCUGAAUAGAUACUGUGUAUGUUUUUAUGUCCAUGAACUUGAGCUACUCAUGUGCAAUUGUGUGUAUGGGAAUGGAGUAGUGUUCAUGAUUUGUAUCUACAUCAUCAUAUGGAUGUAUAUUUAUUAAUAAAGUCAUUACUUUAAAACCAA